UCUUCCUCACGACUUCUCUUCCAUGUGACUUCUGAAAUCUCUUCGUUGUCCUGUCUCCGGUGCUGAUUACUCUACGUUGCAUUAUUCAGCAAGAGAUUUGUUUAACUCGGAGAACCCGAGACAGAGCAGAGACAUGUUGGAUUCCUCUCCUACCUUCUCCAACAAGAAGAACAAGCGCAAGAAGCUGCAACAACUACUGUUCUGCUUCUUUGCUCGAAUUUUUGGUCAUUCUUUCUCACCUUCCUCUUAUAAAACAAAGGCCAAGGCCAACCCUGAGCUCAAAGACUCCAUCGAACCACCUAUUGCUCUAAGUUUUGUUAAAUCAGAGAUGAAGGGUGGUGGGAUAAGGACGAAGGUCGAGGAAGCGAAGGGCGAGGAAGUGGAUGCGGCGGGGAUGAAGAGGUCGGUGAAGCAGCUGCACUUUGGAGGGUGGGAGGAAAAGGGGGAGGCGGCGUUGGAGAUUAAGAGGCUGGCGAAAGUGGAUGCUCGUAUGAGGCGGUCGCUGGCCAAGCUGGGUGUCAUUCCGUCGCUGGUGUCGAUGCUCGCUGAGGCGCAGGAUGAUCAUUGCCGCCACUUGGCCAUUGAAGCGCUGAUCGAGCUUGCUCAUGGUACUUUUACAAACAAGGCGCUUAUGGUGGAGGCCGGACUCCUUGUGAAACUACCACAGCUCACGGACGCUCUACAGUUCCCUGGAAAGCAAGAACUUGCAGUCCUCCUCUUCUCCAUCUCUUCUCUUGCAAAAACUCAAUUCCCCAUUGCCCCUUGCCACAUCAUUGCCUUCCUAACUGAGAUCCUUAACGCCAAAGAAGUUGCUGAGGAGAUAAAGAUUACAUGCCUAGCAACUCUAUACAAUCUGUCGACAAAGCUGGACAAUACUAGAGCUAUUGUUUCGAGCGGUGCUGUCCCUACUCUGAUAAGCUUGUCGUCAAACAGAAGGGCCUCGGAGGGAGCUCUAGCCAUCAUGGGGAACUUGAUUCUAAGUGCGAUGGGAAAGAAGGUCAUUGAAGAUGACUCCAUGGUUCCAAAAGCCUUGAUCGACACUACGACAUGGUUCGACAAGCCUCGAUGCCAAGAGCUUGCUGUUUACAUACUGAUGAUUCUCGCUCAUGGGAGCAAAACACAGAGGCAGAAGAUGGCAGGGUUAGGGAUGGUGCCACUACUUCUGGAGGUGGCCUUGUUAGGGAGCCCCCUUGCACAGAAGAGGGCGCUUAAGAUGCUGCAGUGGUUUAAAGAUGAGGGGCAAUCAAAGAUAGGAGUGCAUUCUGGGCCUCAAACUGAAAGGAUCUCACUUUCAAGAAGCCUUGUCAGUGGGCGAGAGACAAACAAAUGUCAGAAGGCUGUCAAGCAGAUGGUAGAGCAGAGUCUCAGUAACAACAUGGAAGCGAUCAUGAGAAGAGCUCGUGUACCAGAGAAUUUUUCUAGUUUUAAAAGCUCUGUGGCAAGCUCUAGCUCUAAGAGCCUGCCUUACUAAUUAAAUCUCCAUCCACCGCAUCAAACCUUCACCUUUCUUUUGAAAGUUUGGUUCUGGUGAUGGCGAGAUUGUACAUUUAAUAAUAACAAAUGAGACAUUCCACAAAA